CCUUCUCGACAGAUCCACAGACUCGUGAUUUCAUGAUGGGUCGGUUCUUGCCUGCAGCAAAAGCAAUGGCUUCAGACACACCUCAAUAUGGUACCAGGAAGCAACCAGUUGCUCGAGAGCAACCAAUUUGUCAAGAGCAACCAAGAGGGAUGAAGGUCGCCAGUUGGAAUAAGCAACAUCCACUUAAUCAAUACAAGCCAAAUGAUUUGCCACAUAAUGAUAUAACUGGGGACAAAAGUGAGAAUGAAGGUAUGAGAGUGCAAGCGCAAUUGCCCAUUUCUUCAGUUAGGAGUGUGCGAGCUAAAUCUUCCUAUGCCAGUGCUUACAGAGAAGCUAAAAAUGAGCAUUCUUGGGGCGAUGCUUGUGAACAAAGAUUAGUGAAUGGACAUCAGGACGCUGUGAUACCUAAAGAUAAGAAUGAUUUGAAAUGUGAAUCCAACCAGAUCACCAAAAUAAGUGAAUGUGAGAAAUUAGAUGGGUCACCUGUACAUAGGCGUCAGCAGGGUAGUAACAUAUCACCCUACCGAAAGGAAUGUUUUCAUCAUGAAGAAAAAGGUUUUCUUGGUAUUCCUGAAAGAUUGAUUUAGAAAGUCGACGACUUGUGAAAUUUGGUAAUCAGGAAA